AUGGGCGAACGCAUCUUCAGCGUAGCCUCCUUCUUCCUGAGCAUCAAUAUCGGUGACUCGUCUAUACACAUUCUUUACUCACAUCAAGGCCCUGACACACCGAAACGCGUUGAGCGCGCGAUUCUUCUCGACGGCGGCCGGGACUGGGCAGCAGAGGAGAUUAUAGAUCCCGAUGAUGACGACGAAGAUGAGAGCGGCCCGGCCAUUGGCUCCAACUUCAAGGUUGCUGAGCCGCACGACAACAUUGCCAGGACCUUCGAGACCAUCGAAGACACAUUCAGAGCCAGGUACUUAGAAGAUCCGCCAGGUGUCUUCACGCCAGUGACCUUUUUCUAUGCCCCGACAUGGCGGGCCAACAAAUACCACGAGAAGAUCACAGGGGAUGGCAAUAAGUGGUCGACGAAGUGGGAGAAGAUGUUCAGAACGACGGGCGACAGCCUCGCCGGACCGGAACUCGGUGAUAAUCCAACUAUGGAGGUUCGCAUCGACAAGACGGAUGUGUGGGCGCCGAACUUACUCAGGGUGCGCAUUGGCGCCGCAAACCUCAUCGGUCGAAACUUCUUCUCGCAUAGUGACCCUAUCGCAACAGCCAUGGAAAGGAUCGAGUCCGUCGACAUGGCGCAGCUCAUGGAGCGUGUGCCGCCCGAGACCCCAAAAUUAUACGACGGGGAGACCGCUGUCGGGCCUGUUCCAGGAUUUUACUGCGUCGCCGUCAAUUGUCGCGUCCUCGGGAAAACGGUGCUUCCACAAUUGACAUACAAGAACAAAACCUCCAUCUGCAAUCUGGUCAUUUGGAACGAUGACUCUCGCCGCGUUACGCACUACCUGGCGGGCGAUGCCAACUCGGAGCUUGAAGAGGCCAUCGUUCAAUGGAUGAAUUACAAGUCGGAUGAUAACAAGAGUGUCAUGGUCGCUAAGAUGUCGCAUCACGGCGCAAGUUCGUCGAAUCCAAGAUCGUCAUGGGCGCGCCUCAAACCGUACCGUGUCGUCAUUUCGGCUGGUGAUCACAAGAGCUACGGACACCCACGUUGGGAGGUACUUCACGACAUGUUCUCUUGGUACCUGUACAACACAUCGUUCGUAUUGAAAGCCAAAUUUCCGUUGUAUCUCACACAAUAUCCCUUCUAUCUCAAGUCAGGCGCCGUCACGAACAAGCCAGCAAGCCUCGAUUUGGUGGAAGACGUCUUCAAGGCCAUGGGUGACAACUGGGAGGCGAUGGAUCAGCUAAGGGUCUCUUUGAACAUGGACCGCAUGGCUCCGUCACUUGCCCAUGUCUUGCUCACAUUGAAGAAUCAGACAGAUACGCAGAGGCGAGAUUGGAUUUUUGGAAACAUCCGCUCGAUUCUGCUGCCAGAACUCAUCGGCAACAUCCAUAACUUGGAGGGCGAUUAUGACCUGGGCGGCUUACAAUACAUCCACAUUGACAGCGACGCCGUAAAUGAACCCUGGCGCACCAGGUCGGAGAAUAAGUAUAAGCUUUUCCCACCAAUGGUCAUCUCCAACGCAUGGGACUUUCACUUUAAAUCAUCAGAACACCAUUCACUAGGAUAUGCUUCCUGGGAUCUCGUCGAAGAGCCCCAUCUCAUAGUGCCCGAGGGAUCAAAGCUUGCAGAAAGAGGAGGCGGCGGGGACAACGUCACCGUCAUCAGCAGAGAAAGCUGCCUGUACCCAUUUCUCCUAUUCUCAGCCUCCCAGCAGAUCAAGCUGCAGAACCGACCAGAGCCUGGGAAGGAAGUCAAGUUCACCGCGGACGAUGAGUGGCAGGCCUGGCUGAGGCGUAUUCUUGGUGCAUCGGCUGCCGUGCUUAAGGUGACAUUUGCCUCGUGGCCGCCUACGACCAAGGAGUUUGGCGACUACGAGAUGGAGGCUGCUUGGAAUGCUGGAGGGAAAGAACGAAAGCUUGUUCUGAAAAGUAAGGGCGCCGCCGUUGCGCUCGGUGUCGACAAUCCGGCCCUCGCAACUAUGUUGACCAUGACGAGAGUUCUUCCCUUCGCCGUCACGGAGCCAGUCGCAAGCAGCUGGACGCUCGGCGAAGUAGCCGAUCACGUCAAUUUCAGACAUGGCAGCAUCAUCGACCUCUUGCGCGAUGUCCCAUUGAUAAUGACUACCGGCGACACCACACGCAACAUCAUCUGGUUUGAGGCUGGCACUGCUCAUAACACAAGCACGCGCCUUGAAUUCACAGUACCCAAGGACAAAUAUGCUCCGUUCAAGGAAUGGCUUGACGCUGAUGCCAAAAAGUUUGACGUGCAAGAGAUCACUGUCAUCGCUCGACGUGAUGCCUCCUUGUCGUACAACGCCAAGAAGGAUAACAUCGGUUCGGCUGGCGCACUCAUAUUCCGCAUCAAGCUCAUACUUUGCGGAGCAACAUUCGCAGCGCAGGUUGAGUUCACAUCUGACGACGUCAGGAUGCGGCUCCAAAAGGAACCUCAGCCGAAUGGAGGCACGUACGAGGCGCUGGUCGAUUGGGCUGUGCAGACACUGGGGAUCAAAGGAUUUGAAUGCAAGUCCUGGACAGAGGCAGCUGGUUCCUUUCUCAGUGGUAUCAGACCGCGAUCUAUUGACAUGACGCUUACCUACAAAGACGGCAAGCUAAGAGGCAUCGAGCAUGUUGGGUUUGUACUCCAAGUCGAGGUCAGCAGGGGCAAGAAGGUGACUACCUUGGCGCCCAAUGUCGAUGAAAGUAUUGUCUUCUUCAUCACAUAUGCAUGGUCAAGGACACAAUCGUCCGUGCUCCGCGGCAAGCUCUGGGCUGAAGCUCCCAAGAAGAGACUCGAAGAUACAUUUGCAAGAGGUUUGCCCAAAUGGGAAAGCUAUCUCCUCUUACAGCCGGAUAUUGAGGGCCAUGCCCUCGACCACAUUGAUCUGAAAGCUUUACUCAGCCUUGAAUCGUUGCCGCCAGGUGUUCCCUCCGAGGUUAGAGGCGCCGAGCUCCAAAUUGAUUCCGAAGGCAUCCAGUUCACAGGCCUGCUCGCCUGCAGCGACCUGAGCGACGACUCGAAGGUCCCCAUGCUCGCGGUUGAGGAGCUAGAGCUGAGCUGCCGCAUGACGUGGGCUGAUAAGACGCCGCGUGUGUUGGAGAUGAGGAGAAAGGGAGAGCCUGAUCAUGUACAGGUCUUGACAGCAGAGGGGGCAACAUGGCGGUUCUCCCUUCGAGUUGACAUGCUGCUGAUGCCUAUGGGCGAGAAGGUUGAUAAUGCAUCAUCAGAUGGCUUCGAUGCAGCGGCUAGGAUCCGCGGCGAGAUCAACUACGGAAGCAAGAUGGGGUGGCGGCUACUAGCGCGUAUCGAUCAGCUCAAAGUAUCACAUCUUGUGAGCUUCUGGGACCGGGACUCACGGGACGGGGCUAUGUCAUUGCUGAAGGACUUGCGUAUCGACUAUAUCGAGCUACGGUACCUGUACCUGGCUGUGAGCAAAGCGAAGACCAAUACAGCGGAAAGGGCAGGCGGAAAGAGUUUCAGGUUCUUAGGCGCCCUUUCGUUUGGAGAUCUCCAACUCCGACUCAACUUCAACCAUGACGGAACACAGUGGCAGUUUGGUGCCAACCUAGGGCUUAAGGAUGACGCCUCCGGCAGCGCGACCGUUAAGACACUACUGGACACAAUCAUGGGUGUUGAUGCCCCGAAACUACCAGACGUCAUUGCUGACGUUGUGCUUGCAAAGCCAGGUAACGAGAAUGAGAUUCUUGGUUUCAAGUGCGCGCAGGUGAACGUCGCCGGGAGCGGAUCUGGUGGUUCUGGUGGUCGAAAGCUCAUUGUGUUCACGGCAUCUGUACACAUUUCGAGCAUCAGCCUGACCUUUGUGCAGUGGCGAGACACGUCAUGGCAAUCGACGACACCCUCGAAGCGCAUCAUCAAAGUGUCGAUCGGUGACAUGGGCGACAUCGAUGCGCCGCUGGUGGGGAAGCUGAAGCAGCCCUUCGACCAGCUCGUUUACAUGUGGGUGAGCGACAAGGCCACAGCUGUGGUCGACAAAGCCGCGAAACCUGGUGUCACCAAGGGUGACCUUGACGCGUUGCUGCCCAGGCUUGAACACGACCAGGACAAACUCUUCUUUAAAUCCAACAAGGAGCCAAGCGCUAUCAAGCCGAACGAGAUUGUCAUUGAGCCUGGAUCGCACUUUAUGGUUGUCGCAACCAACAGCAAGGGCCUACAGGCGGCGGUGCUGGAUUAUCGUUUCAACCGGCCCAAAGGCUCCGAGAAGAAGGACAGACCGAGCGGCUGGGAUGAUUGCGACGAGUGGCUGAUUGAGGACGGUGAACAGAAUGAUGAGGACGUAUCAAAGGCUGCCUUCAAGGUGUCGGCUGGCCCGCUCGUGUUCGAGAACAUUGGACUGAAGUACAUCCAGGAGGAGAACCGUCUGGGUGUGGUUCUCGACGCAAGCCUCCUAAUGGGGCCCAUUGGUAUAUCAUUGAUGGGUUUCUGUCUGAGUUUGAAGCUAGGCGAGGCUAAGUCUUCCGAUGCUGAACAUAACAGUAGCAGUCGCAUUGCCCUCCCAGAAUCCCAUCCCUCAGCCCUACCUUGUUCGACUCCUAUCAUCCGCGCAGCUCACAAUACUGUUCAGCACAUCGAUGGCUGUCAGCUGCCCCAACAGGUGACCGACUUCGGUCUUCCUGUAUCCAGCCCCAAGGUUGAUCUGGCAGGUCUAGCCAUCUCCUUUGACCGACCUCCUCUGACAAUCGCCGGAGGCUUCGCGAAGACAGAGAUGAAGGAUGGAGUCUACUAUGCCGGCGGUCUUAUCAUCGGCUUUGAGCCCUGGAUGAUUCAAGCCGUCGGUGUAUAUGGAGAGGUAGCAAAGCCCUCACUUCCGUCGCCGCAAUCGCAGCGAUCGGGGUUUGUGAUGGAGGCCGGGGAAGAUGACAAGAAGGAUACCUUCACUAUGGUCUUCAUCAUCUUCAAGCUCAAUGGGCCCUUGUUCACAAUCGGCUUCGCGGACAUCGCCGGCCUUACUGGCGGCGCCGGGGUCAACAGUAAUGUUCGCCUGCCGAAUGCAGCCACUGUCCUUGACUUCCCGUUCGUUAAGCCACGCGGAACUGAUACUUCGGGCGGGCCUCUCAAGGCUCUUAAAGGCCUCCUCAAACCAGACUCGGGAGAGCCAUGGUUCACUGCUCGGGAGGGUUCUUUCUGGGUAGCGGCGGGUCUUCGAGCCACUGCCUUCCAAAUGCUAGCGGUCGAUGCUGUUGUCGUUGUCCAGCUCAAUCCGGACGUCCAGCUUGGCAUCUACGCUGUUGCCGUAUGCGAUGUCCCCACGCCGGCUUCACCUAUCAAGUUUGCCCAUGUUGAGCUCGGCAUUGCCUGUACACUUGAUAUCGCUGCCGGAGUGUUCAAGGUUGAGGCCCAACUCUCGCCGCAAUCUUUCGUCCUUCACGAAAGUUGUCAUUUGACCGGCGGCCUCGCCCUCUUCUCCUGGUUCGGCGACAGUCCCUAUGCCGGUGACUGGGUCAUGACCAUUGGUGGCUUUCACCAAGCGUUCGAUAAACCUCUCCAGUAUCCUCGACCCCCUCGCCUCGGCAUUGCUUGGUCUCUCGGGGAAAAUCUGCGCAUCACUGGCGAAGCCUACUUCGCCAUCACGCCCCGCGUUUGUAUGGGUGGUGGCCGCCUACACGCCCAGUUGACACUCGGCGCGUUGUCCGCCUGGUUUGACGCCUUCCUUGACUUCCUUAUCAAUUACCGGCCCUUCUGUUUCGCUGCCGUCGGCGGUGUAUCUAUUGGAGUUCGUUUCUCUUUGGACCUCUGGCUCGUCACUAUACGCAUAUCGUGUGAGAUUGGGGCGACACUCACUGUUGCGGGGCCACCUAUGGCUGGUACUGUCCACGUCGACUUCUGGGUCUUCGGCUUUGACGUCGAUUUCGGUGACAGGGCUGGCAUGGCGAGACCUGAUCGGCUAUCACUCGGUGAUUUCAAGGCUUUGGCUCUCAAAUCUGCGUCCUCCGGGGUCUCGGUGCCUCUGGCUAGCGGAUGGUUGGACGUCGCCAGUGGACAGAAUGACGACGACGACGAAGACGACUUUGACAAGGAAGAAGCGCCGCCAAAAGCAUUCCUAUUCAACUGCGUGGGAGGUCUCGUUCCCGAAGGCAGCGACGCUAAGGGCCCAGAGGCCAACGUCUGGUAUGAGGAUAAACCAGCGAAGAUGUGGCUGGUCCGCGGAGGCGAGCUUUCCUUCUCAAUCACUACGUCUUUUGCCGCCAGUGACGGUGUGCUUUUCGAUGAUCGCAAGGGUGCAAUCACGCCAAAAAAAUCGGUCGAGAUUGCAGAUGCGCAAAAGAAAGUCUACGCUCUCCCCAUGUGUCUUCAGCAGACAGUUGUAUCGACGAUCGUGGUCAGAAUUGCACGGGUCGCAAAUGAUCCCGAAAAAGACCCCGUGCUCAAAGGCAACCACGUUUCUGGCCUCCUUGAUGGCAAGCCUGCCGAUGCACCGCCUCUUGUCAUGGGCCUGACAAUCGAGCCUCCGAAACCUUACAUCUCGCGUGACGCCAUACCAAAGUUCAACCUUGUUGAGGACCUCAAGCUCACGGUCGACAGCAAAGGAUUCCCCUUCAAAAGAAAGGAGACCGCAAGUCCCAUGUGGGCGCCGCGACAUCAAGAUGGCAGCUGGAAGGAUUUUAAGGAGAAAUGGCAAAGUCAGCCAGACAACCGUCCGGAGGAGGCCGUACACUUGUGGGCAGAGAGGCUGAAAUUCAAAGGCCUGACGGGGUCGAGGCCGAAAGCACUGCUGAAGAGGUUUGAUGAUAUAGUGCCCGCUGGCAACGGCGACUGCGAAGCAGGCUACGACCGCUUUACUCCAGCCGCGGAGGACGAUACUUAG